UCUCUCGUGAACAAGCCCUAGGCAACCAGCCACCUUCAAACAUCCAGCUCCAGCUAGCUUGUAAUACUGCACUGUGCCCUGUUUAUGCGCAUAUGCUGGCAGCAGGCCUAUAGCAUGUUAAGAACCAAGAUCUUGAUGGUUGGACCUCCUGAAAGUGGUAAAAGCAUGAUAGCUAACUACCUUGGUGAUGCGACCGAAAGCUCUGGUGGGGAGUACAACCCGACACAAGGGGUGCGAAUCAUGGAAUUCGAGUGGGACUUGGGAGAGGACCCAAAGACAGGCAACCCUCUACGAGCUGACGUCGAGCUAUGGGACUGCGGAGGCAGAAAAGAGUUUGAGAGCUGUUGGCCAGCCUUCUCUAAAGACGCCGGUGGAGUGAUGAUGGUCUAUAAUCCUGACAAGGCUCAGCAGCACCUGACCGAGUUAGAGAAAUGGUAUACGUACUUUGUUGCUGGGCAGAAGCUGGACAAUAGUCAGUGUGUAUUGUUUGCACACCGCAAACCUAAUGCACCAGCAGGGAGUGAGGAACCACCACCAGCUGGUCAACUGAGUGAGGUUCACUGUGUGUUCACUGACCUUGAGGAGGAGCCUGAGGGAAUACGUGAGGAGUUCACCAAACUGCUAUUCGGUUUAUUCUGUCAUCACAGGGACAGACAAGACCAGGAGGAAAUGCGUAUUGUAGGCAACACUUGAACACAUACGCCAUUGUACAUUAUACCAUUUACAUUUUUAUCAAUUUUUGUCAUUAAAAGUUUGCAAAGUUAUAGUCUAAGAAUUGCGCUAUAAUUAUAUUAUGUAA